AUUUUUCAUGUGAAAAAAUGUGAUUGGGGGGGUUAAUGAAAAAUUAGCAUUUUAGUUAUUGCUUGUUGGUUGUAAGUACUGUAUAUAUAGCUUAAAAUAAGAUGCUUGGUUAAUAUUGAUGGCUAACCCGCUGACUUGUUAUUUCUUUUACUAUUUAUUAUCUUACUUUUUUUUUGCAUCAGUAAGUUCUGAUAUAAUAAUAAUUUCAUGUGCAAAUGCUUCGUUUUGUAGAUAUUUAGGUUGCAAAUAUUGAUGACAAACCCGCUGAUGCGUUACCUGUUUUGAUGUUUAUAUUCUUACUAUAUUUUCAUCAGUGAGUUAUGUGAUAGUAAUUUUUUGGAGAAAUUGCUUCCUUUGAUAGAUAAUUAGGUGACAAGGUGUGCAUUACUUUGUCUGACACACACUCACAACUUUGUCUCGGUAAUUAUUUAGGACUACUUCAUAGCCGCUGGGUUGACCAAUAUAUUUUUCCAGUGUAUUGUGGUGUGUUUAAAACGAAUCUGACCUUCAUUUUUGGCAGAAAUUGCUCGUUUUUGCUCCCCCCCCCUUCCCCAACAAUAAUGGGGGAGAACCUGGGAAAUUGGGUUUUUUGGGUGGGGGAGAAAACUUAACGAGUCAUCUAACCCGACCUAACCCUUGCCGGGGGUUUUGCCCCCAGACCCCCAAUAGGCUUAGCUUAAACUAACCUAGCCGAACCUAAAUGUUUCUCAGUAGUUUAAAACUUUGGGGGUGUCAUGUCUGAAACUACAAUACUGUACCUUAGUUAAAAGCGAGAUCAUUGUGCAUAAGGGCAAGAACACCUGGCUACAUCAACAAUAGAUAAUGCACUACGUCAAGGCUGGGAAGUACUUAGACUCUGUCACCCAGGCAGAGAAGAAUGGUAUCCGAAAGGUUGAAGCUAACUUUAUUACUGAAGACAUCAGGGAGCUGUCAGAGGUCACAACGGACUCCUUCAAGCUCCAUAUUGACAGAUGGCUGAUGAGCCCCCGAUACCAGGAAAUGCCAGCACAAACCCUAACUUCCUGCCAGCACUGCAGGACACAAGGAUUAUUGAGCUGCCUGGUCACAGCAGAGGUCCACCUCAGCUGCAUCUAUAGGAGGACAAAAGCUGCCGAAGGACCCAUGCACAUGGCAAAAAUGGGUUUUGGCUCUACAAAGAGACACGUACACACCAGGCAAACGAGCAUGUCUCUGCUCUAAGCAUUUUGCCCCUGAAGAUUUUGACAGGACUUCUUUGUUUUGCAUCAGACCACGAGAAAAUGCUGUUCCUAGUAUAUUUGAGGCUUUCCCUGCUCACCUAUAGAAAAAGACAAAUAAUAGGAAGCCCUGUACUGGAUACCUCCCCUACAAACGCUGUUUGUCGCUGAGUAGCCGACCCCGCGAAUUCCCCAGUGUCUGCCUCGUGAUCUAGGUCAACCAGCGCCGCCUUACAUGACGGAGGUCAACUACUAAGCCA